CUCUGGUUGGCCCAGAUCUGCCUGGAAUAACCCCAUCAACUGAGAAAAAAGAAGAAAAAAAAAUGAACCCCACAGAUCUCCCCGACACUACACUGGAUGAAAGCAUUUAUAGCAACUACUAUCUGUACGACAGCCUCCCCAAGCCUUGCACCAAAGAUGGCGUCAAGGCCUUCGGGAAGCUCUUCCUGCCCCCUCUGUACUCCUUGGUCUUCCUCUUGGGGCUGCUGGGGAAUUCAGUGGUGGUAUUAGUCCUGUUCAAGUACAAACGGCUCAAGUCCAUGACGGACGUGUACCUGCUCAACCUCGCCAUUUCUGAUCUGCUGUUUGUGCUGUCGCUGCCGUUCUGGGGCUACUACGCUGCGGACCAGUGGGUGUUCGGGCUAGGGCUGUGCAAGUUCAUCUACUGGAUGUACCUGGUGGGCUUCUACAGCGGCAUCUUCUUCAUCAUGCUCAUGAGCAUCGACAGGUACCUGGCGAUCGUGCACGCCGUGUUCUCCCUGAGGGCCAGGACCCUGACCUACGGUGUCAUCACCAGCCUGGUGACCUGGUCCGUGGCCAUUUUUGCCUCCCUCCCGGGACUCCUGUUCAGCACCUGCUACACCGAGCGCAACCACACCUAUUGCCAGGCCAGGUUCUCGGUGAACUCCACCACGUGGAAGGUGCUGAGCUUGCUGGAGAUCAACGUGCUGGGGCUGGUGGUACCUCUGGCUGUCAUGCUCUUCUGCUACUCCAUGAUCAUCAGGACCCUGCAGAAUUGCAAAAAUGAGAAGAGGAGCAAGGCGGUGAAGAUGAUCUUCACUGUGGUGGUCCUCUUCCUGUGCUUCUGGACACCUUACAACGUGGUGAUUUUCCUGGAGACGCUGGUGGAGCUGGAGGUCCUCCAGGAUUGCACCUUAGAGAGAUACCUGGAAUACGCCAUCCAGGCCACGGAGACACUGGCCUUUGUGCACUGCUGCCUCAACCCAGUCAUCUAUUUUUUCCUGGGGUUGAAGUUUCGCAAGUACAUAGUCCAACUCUUUAAAACCUGCAGCGGGCCCUUUGUGCUGUGCCGGGACUGUGGCAUCCUGCGGCUGUACUCUGCGGAGACCCCGAGCUCCUCCUACACGCAGUCCACCAUGGAUCAUGACCUGCAUGACGCUCUGUAGAAGUGCGGGUGCACACCGCAGGGCUUGGAGCUGAUUUGCCGUGGUCUCCCAGGAAGGGGUUCCCCCCAGCAGGUGGCAGGAGAAGUCUUGCAGCCACCCACCACGCAGAGCUGUUGUCUUCCUCUGUGCCCAGCUCCUCGCCUUCCAGUGGGGCAAAGUCAACCUGCCAGAGGGUCCCCUGGACACCAGGCUUCUCUGGAAGAGAACGGCUGUAAAACAUUGAGUGCCGAGGGGAAUCACAGCUGGAAGGAAAAGAACAUUCUCUCCUAGCCUGACCUGAUGGGGUUCUCUGCAGACACAACAUUUGCCCGAAAGAGCCAAUCACUAUUUCCUGUUGCCGAAAAGGGGGAGCCUCCCUCUCCCCGCCAGUUAAUUUCUAGCUUUUGUGGGAUGAUAACGCAAACUCUAGCAUGCCUAUGAAGCAACUGCAGGUUAUAGCGUAA